UCACUUUGACACUGUAUUUCAGAACUUCGUUACAACAGCGGAACCAACAUAAUCAUCAUGACUGGCCCGGAGAUACCUAUUCCAGCAGAGUUUGCCUCCAAGCUUCAAUUCAUCCCAGCUAAAGACACACGCACCGAUGCCGAAAUCAUUGCCGCCCUCAACGAACACGUACCAGUCACUUCCGAGAAGAACAUCUGGACGUAUUGGCAUGCAGGUGUCGAUGCGAUGCCUUCGUGGAACAAACGUACCAUAUGCGACUGGGUCCGUCUGCACGGCUCGGAGUGGAGCGUUCGCGUCCUCAACACCAUCCCAGAUCAUCCGAACCAUGCACUGAACUGGAUCGAACCCGAUCAGCUCCCGGAGACCUUCGUGAAAGGAACCAUGACCGGACCCUACGUAGGACCUCACUCUGCCGACUUUCUUCGUGGUGCUACGAUAUACAGGUAUGGAGGUGCAUGGCUGGAUGUCAGCUGCAUUCUUUUCCGAAGCCUUGACAAGAUAUGUUGGGAUCAGCUUGCGGACGAGAACUCGCCGUUCACAAUCAGCGCGGCAACCCAGUUCGACACAAUUAUGGCCAAUGCUUUCGUGGCCGCACGAAAAGGCGAUCCUUUCAUCAAGGCAUGGCACGAGCUCUUCGUGCACCUGUGGAAGGACCAGAAUGACUGGACUGGCAUCGUCAAAUCGCCACUGAUCCUGUCUUUCCUACAGAACCUGAAUUUUAACCAGUCCGAGGCCGCUGGAUUCCACUGGAAAUUCAGCGUGGAUCCGGUCACCGUUCUGGGUUAUAUAGGCCAAGUCCUUUCAUGGUGCCGCGUGGCCAGCCUCCAAGAACCCAACGGGGGCUUUGAUGGCGUGGACUACUACGCGAAGCACGUUCUGUGCUUUGAUGCGCUCAAUGAGAUCUGGGCUGCCGAGAAAACGGUGGGCUUUGACGGCAAUGACCUCCACAAGGUGUUCACCACCCGACUCGACGCGGACCCGGAGAGCAAGGAAUACAAGAAGGCGUACGAAACAACGUGGAGGCUGUUGACCGAGAGUAGCCUGCAGAAGAUUACGCAUGGCAAGAAUCUUACCACUGAUAUUCACUGUGGUGUGUUGUUGGACCAGCAAGAGGGCAGUGACUGCGCACCAGGCACGUUUGGGGAGCUGUUGAGGUAUGGCAGGGUGCAUUUUGAGCAGACUCGCGAGAAGAUCGACUAUCGGGAUGCUCAUAGAGUGGAAGGCGAUAAGGUACUCCGCAAGGGGCUGCUGGAAGAAUGAACAGGCACACGAAGUAGUUAGUAUAUUGUUCAUAUCCGGUAUA